GAUUCUUCAUGGCUCCGAGUGGAAGAUAUGGAUAUAUCUCAUGAGUUACCUCGGGAUGCCGCCGGAGCCGCCGCGGCCGCUGUCCCCCGCUGACGAUGACGGCGAUGACGGGAUGACGCCGCCGUCACCGGAGAGGGACGGCUACCGGCUGUUGGACGCCGCCGGCCGCGCAGAGGACGGCGCGCUGCCCGUGCCCGACGGCCUCAGCUCAGACGAUGACGCCAGUGACGCGGACGCUGCCGACGACGACGACGAGCCUCAGUCGGUGGCUGACCUGAUGGCGGCCCUGGAGCGGCACGGGGUCAACACCGUGGAGACGACCGAUGACCCGGCUGACCCGGCCGGUGACCUGCCCGACCCCUGCGCUGACCUGGUCAGUGAGGGCGCUCCAGGUGCUGCCGCGCCCAGGACCAAGGAGUCCGACCCCAGCCAGUGGCCCGAGGAAGCGAUGGAGGCGGAGCGGCAGCGGCAGAAGCAGGCGGCCCAGGAGCGGCUGGCCCUGUUCUCCACCCCGCCCCGCUCCGGCCGCUCGGACGGCCCGCUCGGAGCCGACCAGGCCGAGGCCGUGCGGCGGGCCAUGCGCUCGGUGCGUCUGCCGGGCGCCGAGCGGUGGGCCAGCGGCCUGUCCGACCAGCAGUGGCGCCGGCAGCUGGACAGGCUGCUCGGACGGACGGACGGGGACGGCGCGGCGGCGCGCCGGGAGGGGGAGGGGAGAGGAGAGGGCCGGCAUGACGAGCGGGGGUCGUGACCGGAGGACGUGGUGGGGGGUGUUGAUUGGGGAGGGGGACUGUAUUAAACUGCGUGUUAAUACGUUUGCUAACUGCUGACGGCUGCGGCUGGUCGUCUGAGGUCGGAGGGUGAAGAGGUAGAGGGCGUAGGGAUAUGGAGGGAAAAACAUCGAGAAUUUGGAGCAGCGGUGUGGAUGAGUGGGAGACAAGACCGAGACGAUCGUGUAAUGAGUUGACCGCCUAUCGGAGCUGAUAUUGAUAAUGCUAUUCAUGUAAGUGAUGUCAUUAUUCGUUCCCAAGAGGGCUAAUGUGAUAAGGACGUUUCUUUUCUAUGUCCGUCUGUAAAUCGGACGACCCAUCUAGCGUCUACUGUAAUAGACCGUUCUGCGGGCGGGAUGUCGUUCCAUGGCGACAAAGUCCGCUAUCCGCUUCGGGAAGGUCGUAUCUUGUAAAUAUAACCUCGCUUUGCAUAACCAUUUCAAGAAAAUGUUUCUGGUAGACAUAUACACGCCAUUAUCUGCA